AGGCAACACGUCAUUACGCCGCGGCGUGAUAGCAGUUUUCCCAAGCAGCCCCACGCUUGUCUUUGACACACUCUUGCUAGCUGUCUCACGCUGUAAAUCCAAAGCCAUUCAAACUAAGCGGCUAGUCGGGGAUCUAAUUUGACAGGAGCCUCACCUCCUCUGGGGACGGUUAGCUUAAACAAGGCGCUCACGCUAGCUUUUAUCUGAAGGCCGACGAAGAAGAAAGGCUACAAAGAUGUCUAAAGACACAGAGGGCAAGAGCGAGAAAAUUAUGGACAUGGAGAGCAAGGUUUUGUGGUACCCGGACUCUAAGAAGAACACACAGAUGGACAAAUUUAGGAUACAGGUCAACGGGGACUACGGGCUUAAUCUGGGUGAGUAUUUAGAGGAGGGAGACGGGCUGACCGACGAGGAGCUAGACGCAGACAGAGCGCUUGAAUGAAUGGGAGACUCGGGUUAGAGCCUGCUCGGCUGGCUCCUCUUUUACUGCUAUUUAUCCUUUUAAUAUGUUGUGCUAUAAACUCCUACUUUCUGAACGAAGCUGGUUUAACAAUGCAGUGUUUUAAUCCAGUUUUGCUAUGCAGCUAUUUAGCUAUUUAAACAACAUUAAUGAUUCAGCAUUAAAACACGUCUCUGCAGGUGUAAAUAUUCCAGUGAUAGUAACGAUGCACGGGUUAUGAAAUAUUUCUUUUCGUCCAAAAAAAUAGAUUUUACUGCAGUUUUAUUCCCACAUAUGCAAUCUUCCAGCUCAAAGUGCAUGUUUAGCUGUUUAUUUAAUGUAUAGUCACCUUGAAGAAUGCUGAAAAACCCGCUAGGUGCUGUGCAGAAAAGAGGGUUACGUAAUGUUGAAAGGGAUGGGAGUGUACACGGCUAUUACAGGUGUUUGAAAUUAUGAGUUAUUAUAAUUAUACAGCUAUUUAGAAAGGCAGAAAAGUCUGAACAUGUUUGAUUAGUCUCUGACCCAGAUGAACCAAAACCACCCCCCUCUUUUCACUCUAAGUAAACAGCAUUUUUCCAUUUUCAUGAUGAUUGUUGGAGUACAGGAUGGUUAGGUGAGGUAGUCCUGCAGCAGGUUAAAGCACUCUGUAGCCAGUGCUUAUUUUAUUCAGUUUGAUCCAUCUAUUAUUUUCCACAUUAAUGGUUAAGUCUAAUAAGUCAAAUAAUGCAAAACUGCCCCUUUACUAUUUUGCUGAAGCCAAAGUGAUGUCUCCAUGCUGCCUCCUUUCUUUUAAAUCCCAAGACAAAGAAUAGCAGCAUUGUGCUGGAUAUAACAGACCAGAGGCAGUAAAUGCAGGAUCGGUUUGAAUAAUCCAAAUAGUUGGCAUUAUAUUAUCUUUGAAUUGACAAAAAGUAAAACAAGUCAUUCCAGCACUUAAUGUUUUUUUGAAAGGUUUUGCGCCAUAAAUUCUGGUGAUCCACAGAUGAUUUACAUGUUAGAAAUAAAAGGAAAUACAACGUAGCUGUUCUUUAAGAAAGUAUGGACUAUUUUCCUGGUUCAUUAAGGUUAAAUAAUCUGCUAAAAUUUAAAAAAGUCAGAAUCACUGCGCUACCAGCGUUUACAAGGUCACUCUGACCAGAACUCUGUUUGAGCUCAGCCUCCUGAGCAAAGCUACAACCUGAAGCUAUACAUUAGAAAACAAACCACAUGUUCAGGGAAAUGUAUUUCCAUUGACAUAGUGUGAGUGAAAGACUGUUUAGUUUGUUUUUUUUACAUGCAUUUGAAGUAUUUCUUGUAUUAAGCCAAGUGUAGCAGCUGUACAUCCAUGUCUGAGCGGUAUGGCCUAGCUGUUCUCAAACUGCACUAUGUACAUACUCUCUCUCUCUCUCUGUCACUCACAGUGAACUACAACGACCUGUACCAGUGGUCAGUGGACAGCUACCCUGAGUUCUGGGGAGAAGUGUGGCGUUUCUGUGGUGUCCUCAGCUCCAAACCCUAUGAAGAGGUGGGUGCAAACUCUGUUGGCAUAGGAAAACAAGUUCGUGUUUCACCUCAGAAUAGCGUCUAAAAAUGUGAGGUGUCAUUUGGAGCAGAUGCCAUAACAAGCAUUUCACCUGCUUCCUCAUUGUCACAGUUGUGGCUUUAGACUUCCUGGCUCAUUCUUGUUCCUUGAAAGUCCUUGGAUCUUUUUAGGUCAUACCUCAAACCAACUCCUUUUUCUAACACCUUGAAGUGUCUUGACUGCCACAGUUGCAGUAUGUUGUUUAUCAGGGUUUCUCAGCACACUUGAUUUAAGUGGUUAACUGCAGAGUGUUACAACAUACCAGAGCUUUAUAUAUGUGGUAGGAAGUGAUCUAAAGCUGGUCUGUUUGGUCACACUGAAGAGCACAACGCUUUUACAGGUUGUUGAUCCUGUUCAUUUUGCUGUAAGUCAAACUUUAGAUAAGAUCACCUCAGUUUCCAAGAAGAAGUUUAAGAUAAAUGGAAAGAAGAAAUUAAUUAACUACAUUGGUAUUAGUGUUUGGGUUCUACGAAUAAGAUCAUGGUCAGUGAAUUGAUGCUUCCUACUUGCAGAUAUUUGUUACUGUAAUUCAUGAAACUCUAAAAUUCUCACUUGAUGCUUCCUCUCAAAGUGUCUGCUAAUAAUUUGCUGUCAAAGUGGACUCAGUUGGCAAAUUAUUUGUCCCAUCAAGCAAAGCAUUGGAGCUAUAAUAAGCCUGCCACAAGGUAAUUUUAUUUUUGUGAUACAGAGUCAUCUCUUUGUGUAGUUACUGAUUAAGUUACUUUUGAGCUUCUUUCCCUUCCUGAAUCCAGGAUAUAUCCACUCAGGUUGAUGUGUGCUGUAAUAAAUGAUGUUUCAGCUUUAGCUGCUGUGCCAUGUCAUCAACACACCCCUUUCGUACACAUAGACAACACUCUCCACGUCACCUUGGCCACAUGCUCUCUUUUUAAGCAGACGUUUUAAUAACCUUUAAUUACCUCUGGUAAAAAAUACAUUCUUGGCAGACAUGAUGAUGUUGUCGAGGAUGUUGUCAAACAAGCAUUUUGUAGCAGUCGUAGAAACUUUAGCAGGUAACCAUAACCAUGUACUGUAUUUUUAUGACCACCUUUACUUAAAAGCUGGCUGCUGCAGAGGUAAAUAGAUGAGCUUGAAAGUGUCAUCAGUGCAGCAGUGGGUUUCAGUUUUAAGAGCUUUGAUCGCACAGACCUAUUUAUAUCAGAUCCUGACUCAGACAGUUCACUCUGAUCAGUGAAAUCCCAACAUUAUCUGGCUGUUUUCUUUUUUGUUUCAUCCAAAAAAACAUUCACCACUCUAUUCUUCACCGAGAAUUUAGGUAUGAACCUUUUUUUAGUAGGAAACAUCUGCAGUGGGAGACUUUUGUCACACACUGGUCUAGUCAAUGACAGCACUGUGUUCCUCCAUUCUUCCUGUGUGUUUGUGUGUGUGUGUGUGUGUGUUUAAUGGGUGUACACCAGGUUGUAGAUGCAUCCAAACGGAUCUCAGAUGUUCCAGAGUGGUUUAAAGGGGCUCGACUCAACUACGCCGAGAACCUGCUCAAACAUGCAGACCAGGACAAAGUAGCUCUUUAUGCUGCAAGUAAGUAAACAAGGUGCAAGAUGCCACAUGAAAAGAUAUAUUUGAUACAGAAUAACAGGUUUUAUCUUGCUUUACAUUUUUCAUUAUGGGGAAUACAUAUAUUAUAUAUGUGUGUGUGUGUAUUCAUGUUCUAUAAAUUCAAGCAUAAAACAAGAUGGUUGGAGAAGUUGAGAAUUGAUGCAGAGCACAAGGCUGCCCACGUCACCAUGUUAUUAGAUUAACUGCUGCUCCCUGCUCUGUCUCCCAGACCUGUCACAUGCUAAUGGAUGGACCCUUCUUUAUCACUCUAUCUGUGUGUGUGUGUGUGUGUGUGUGUGUGUGUGUGUGUGUGUGUGUGUGUGUGUGUGUGUGUGUGUGUGUGUGUGUGUAUGUGAGAGGGAGAGUGGGUUUUUGUACGCUCAUGUAGGCAGAUGCACACAAACACACACACAGCCUUAAUGUAAUUAUGACAAGGCCCAUUGGUCUCAAUGCUGAAGAGCCUCUGUAAAUGUCAGUAAACUAUUACUUAGAGCGAUAACAUGGCUGUUCCUGUUUGUCCUCUGUCCUGCCACACUAUUAAUCUUUAUUUAUGUCGUCAUCUCUGGUUUGCUGCUUUUAUUUGUUACCAAAACAGAUUCAGGUUUUUGGUGGGAGUUAUGUCAGCCGACAGACAAGAAUAACUCACUCAAGCAAUUUCUUAUGCUAGUUUUAGUUUUUCUGGAGAUAUUUCUUGAAAAUGCUCAUCUUUCUUUCUUUUUCUGUGUCUGUAACUCACUUUGUCUCCUUCAAUAACCCAGCGGAGGCAAAUGAGGAGAUUGUGAAGGUGACAUUUGGGGAGCUGAGGCGUGACGUGGCGUUGUUUGCUGCAGCCAUGAGGAAGAUGGGCGUUAAGACCGGAGACAGGGUCGUAGGUGAGUCCAUUUUUUUGUAACUACUGGAAGGAUAAGAGUAUGGAGAAAUGGAGCUUAUAUUUUUAUGAUAUUGUUUGAACUGUCAAUAAAAACCAACAUUAGGUGUUGGUGUAAGGAUCCUUGGCUCUUCUCUUGAUACACAAAUCAUAUCUUUGAGUCUCUUUCAAUCAUCUCCUCCUCCUCUGGUUCAUCCUUUUCUUAAACCUGUUGCAUGAGUUAGACAUAACCUCUUUUGCUGGAGCUGUGUGUGCAUUUUUAUGUAUUUAAGGAGGGAGCAAGGAGGGCUGGCUGUCUUGGCAAAGCUUGCAGCUCUUUCUGAAUGUCACCAUUCAUUUCUUCAGAGAUCAUAUUUGUACAGGGGAGACUAGCUGGGUAAAUAUGUGCCCUACAGGAUGCUCAGCACAUUGAUCCUCAUUUAACUUCAAUCUGUGUAUCAGAUGUUUCAAGAACUUCUCACAUCCCUGUUCCUGAGGAAGCUCAUGAGCUGUCAGAAUCCCUCAGUCAUACAGGUUGAUUAUUUAAAUGUCAUAAACAAGUAUAUCAGGAUUCUUUUUUGAUUACCUCUAAAAGAAAAAAAAAUAACUUUAAGUGACUUUAAAAGGUUUUCUUAUCACAAAGUCUCCUCCUUAUGUUAGAUUGAUAACUACUAAAAGACAAGAUUUUCAUUUUGUGGCGUUUUCUGCGAGUUGACCCUUGCACAUUUAUACAUAGUGAUUAUAAUAGGCGUCAUACUGCUUAAAUGUGUGUUGUAAAUGCACAUUUAUCAUACAUCUUCCUGUAUUCCACUGAUUUUUUUCCCUCACUUGACACACACUCACUCACUCACACAACUACUUUACAAUCAUCGUGAUAACAAUUUUAAUAAUCAAAUUAUGCACUUAUAAAAACAGGGAUUAACAAAUAGUUCGCAUAGAAAAAACAAAGCGUAAAAGACAAAAUCCCAACAGCAAAAAAGAAAUGCAUGAAAACACUGUUAACCCAACAACAUAAGACACAUUAAGAGAACAAGAGCAUAGCAUAAACCUAGAAUAAUCUAAAAUGAGUGACACAAGAACCCAACUAUGUAAACAGAAACCAAAGGCCAGAGAUGAAAGAGCAUCAAGAAAUUAAGAAAGGAAAUUAUUGAAUCAAAAUUCAAAUGCCUUUUUAAUCAAGAGUUUUGUAGAUUUUUCUCAUCAGUUUCUCACUGGAAAGUUCAUCACAAUCUCCCUUCCUUCUGCUGGGUUUUAUACAGAGUCUGUAUGUUGUGAUGAACAGAACUCAGCCUUACGUAAAUGUCACACUGAGGCUUAUCUGUCACUGUGACUGAUUCAUUCUCUGCUCUGAGCCACGUCUCAAGCUUUGACACAACAGUGUGUAUUGAGCUGUUUGUACUAUGGCGAUAUCAGCGGCUUCAAUUUCACAGACUUUGUCGAGCAGAAGCAUCUCAGCUGUCCCCACUGUCAAUCUUUCGGACAACCUACCAUCUUCUGAAGGUGGAAUAAACAUAUCCGUUAUGAACUCUUUGGUGUUAUUUUUCAAACUACUGUCAAAGGUUGAGUCAGAGGAAAUUUAAAUGGAGGAAAUGUGUAAAAACCUUCUAAAAACUCCCAUAAAUUGGGGCCUUUUUCCAAAAAACUAAUUGAUAAGAGACAACUCAGGAAUGUCAUUUGUAGCUGGGGUCAUACAUUGCCCCCUUCUUACAUACCAGUCAAAAAUCAGUAAGUUAAAAAUCAAUAACCUAAAUGUCUCGUUACCCUGUUUGUUUCUUGUUUUUAUUUGGAAGCUACACCGUGCCAAAAACAUGGCUGCUGCUCACAGAGGUGUGUAAAGCGUUUCCAUUCAGGAGUGACCAGGCUGUGUCGGAAAGUUUGUACGUGCACGCUCAGAGUGGAGAUGGAUAUUGCGGUUCGGGAAAUCCAUUAGCUUAAUGACUUGAGCUCUGUGGGAAUCUCAUUAGAACAAGCAGAGGGAGGAAGGAGGAAGGAGCAUGGACAGCCUCAGAAAGACAGAAAUCCAGCUACUUCAUGCCUCCUUUUUUACUUCUCUCUUUUAUUUUCCUUGUGUAACUCAACAUGAAUCUUUGUGUUUAAACGUGUUUGCUCGCUUAUAUUUGUUCAUGAGUGGGUAGGAGAUAGAGAUGUCCUUGUCCCCUGGCUGUAACUUCUUGUCAGGGUCAGUAAUCCAGGAGAUAUAUAAGCACUUAGCUGAUGAAACCAGUCAAGCUUUAUUACAGGACAUCAGCCAACCCUGCACGAAUACACACACUCACACACACACACCUACUCUUCCUCACAGGCACUUUAAUGUUCAAUAGCUUUCCUUCUCUACUCCUGACAUCCCCAAGAUCACUCCUCACCCUGUUACCAAGCUUGUAUAAAAACCCACUAUCUUCCUUAGUUGAUUAUUAUGAAUAAAACCAGUAGUAUCCAGAUAUUUUUUUGCAUUAUCAUCAUGUAAAAGUACCAGUGGAAAAUAGAUAUACACUAGUGUGAAUGAUUAGUAUGAAAUGACUAAUGUAAAGUAACUGCAGUGUUCAUUCAGUCAUUCUUAGUAUUAAAAAAAGACUAUUCUUAGCAUCUUUAAUCUCAGUAGUAGGGCGUGUUGUACUCAGCAGACAUUUACAAAACAAAACCUCAGACUAGACUCCGCCCAGUGAUUUCCUGGUGACUAAGAACAUGUACCAGUGGCCCCAUUGACGGAUUACACUUGUAGUGGUAAUCUACCUCAAUUUUGCUGUUGUACAUUUAGGAGUAGCUAUGCUAACUUUCCAGCAUCGCGCUUUUGGGGUUCAUGUGGUUGAACUCUGGUUGAGACCCUUAUUAAUUCUCCGGUUCAGAAUUUUACACAAUUGACAGCUUUUAAUGAGGAAGAAAACAGUGAAGGAUUAAUGUGUUUAUUUCAUUUGAGGAAUACAUUAAGCUCUCCAAAGGUUGGAAAAGGAUGUCACUGAUUGUGUGUAAAUAUUAUUUGAAUCCAUACAGUAAACAGCCUAAACCGUUUCAGAGUGAGUAAUAUUUCACCAAUGAGAUCAGCAUUGUGUUGCUCUGACAUUGCUUCAGCAUAACUUGACAGUGAUUCAUAACACCAACCUCAGAGGCAGUCUAGCAGGGUGUUGCUGUAAGAUUAUGAUCCAUGACGCUACUUUUCCUGGUCCAGGGUAAGGAGAUAAUAAUUUAUGAGACUGCCUCUAGAGCUGGUGUGACAGGAUGGUGAUCUGUCAGACGGUGAUUUCCUUGUCCUGCCACGUUGAACGUCCUGGUUACAGCAGGAGGAGUCAGCAUAGUAACCAAUACAGGCCUCAUUGGGCAUGAUUCACAGGAAGUGACAGGCUGCUGGACCUUGUUGUCUUUGAUUGCUCAGGCUGCUAAAGUACAACUAGGAGCUGUUUAUUGUUUUUAUCAUGUCAGAUAAGGUGUUAUCAUCAAAACAGGUAGCGUGAGGACUCCUGUAUUCAGAGAAACCAGUCCGUGCCCUUUUUUAGUCUGACCUCAUUUUCUGGCUGAACUGUUUCCCUGUUUAUGGUUGAUGGUUGAUGAUUAAGAAUGAAACCUUUCAUGAUGACUGAAGAACUUCACUGAUAUCAGGAAGUUUAAAUAAGUUUGAUCAUAAUCAGUCCAGUUGAAAUGAAAGACUGUGUGAAAUUGAUAUGAGAAUAAAGGAUGACAAGAAUUAGAUAUAACAAGAAAUUCUAUGAAGCGAUCUUCCUUCUCUAGGGUGUCGUGUCUUUCUCUUUCUCUCUCUCUUCUUCUGAUUGUCUGCCAAGUUAAAAGACUUGUCAUGUCCUUUAGCGCACCAUUUCCUGUAUUGAUUUAAUAUAUCACAGGGAGACAGCAGUUAUGAUCUCAGCUCCGCUUGUUAAGAAUAAAAUAAACUCUCCCCCCUCUUUGAUAUUCAUCCUUUCUUUCUUUCCCCCUCCCAAUUUUUUUAAACCUCUUGUUUUUCUCAUUCUUGGUGUAGUCCUCAUAGUUUGUUCUCACCAUCAUCUAUCCUGCUUUCUCUCUUUUAGAUGUGGGAGAAAAAAAAUCGAUAAAGCACAGUAUCACGAUAUUAUGUCUGACAUCAUAAAGCAGGAGAAAGUUAGUACAACAAAUAUAAAUAUAUAAGGUUUGCAAGAUGUGCUACAUGAAAAUAAAAUACUGAGUAAAUAAGACAAACAUAAAGGAAAGACAAAUGCUAAAUUAGCUAAACAGUUAAAAAAAUCGUAUAAAUCGCAAUAUAUUGUAUCGCAAUACUCACUGUAUCGCUAAUAUCGCCUCAUGGCCGAAGUAUCGUGAUAAUAUUGUAUCGUGGGGUCACUGGUGAUUCCCACCUCUACUUUCUUUCUUUCUCUUCUGCAUCCUGCGUCACCAAAUGUUUCUAUAUUUCAUACAGAUUAAUGGUAAAGCAACAGGUGAGUGAAUGAGCAGUUACAACGAUUAAAGCAAUCACAUGAAUAAAAUUAGUAGAUGAAAAAUAAAUUAUAGGGGGAUGAUUCUGCUAGUGAAAUAAUAGCUGUAAGCUGCAGAAAUCCAAAUUAAUUUAGACUGGAUGGCAAAAGUUAAUUUGAUAGUUUUUGUGUUAUAAUCAUUCGUAUUGCAGCUAAUAGGUAACACAUUUUAUCACAACAACCUGCCAGAAUUAGAGACUGUCACAUAAAAAGUUUCCUCUGUAAGGGUCCAGUUCAGUGACAGCGGGCUCUGUAAAUGGCGAGAGUUUCUGGCCCCGCGUUUGUUCACCUUCUUUUAUACUCUUUAUAUCCUUCCUUAUUCUUUCAUUCUCUUUAAACUCUUUUAUAUUCUUUUUAUACCCUUAAAUACCUUCAUUUUUACUUGUCUGGGGUUGUUCCUGUCAAGUUGGUUGUCUUGUGCCCUGUGAUGUUGUUCUGUGCUUAUGUUCAUUUAUUGUUGUUGUUGCCGUGUUGAUUGUACGGCCACUGCAGAUCAAAUUUCCUCUGGAGGAACAAUAAAACCUCUGAACUGAACUGAAUCUCAUGAACAGGGUAGGAUCUGGGAAAUCAAAUCAGCUCAGCAGGUGUUAAAACUUUAAAGGGUGAGGCACAGUUACAAAGAAGUUUUGUUGCGAAAACUAAAGAAUGAAGUUACAAUGAAAAACAAAACAUUGGAGACGGACAAUAAAGACUGAGGACAAGAAAAGGACCAAACACGACUGUAGACUGAGAAUUGUCUUGUAACAUAAGACCAAAGUGAAUCAUGUGUCUUAUUCACUUAAAAACAAAAGAAACAAACUUAUCACAUGUGUGAUAUUUGAUUUGAAUCAAGCUUCUGUAACAGUCUCAGGAUUUGCUUUAUUUGAACUUACUACAGCUACUAGAAAAGGAUCCUUAUAUAACCCUUACUUCAUGAGUGAAACCUGAGAUGACAUUUCACACAUACACACAUACCUGGGAGGUGCACCUAAGUGUUUUACAACUUCAGUCUGGUAUCCAACACGCUGGGCCUGUGGAAGAACCCGGUACUGAGUUCAAAAAGUCACACUCUGUUGGUGAAAUAAAGAUAAAAGGAGUGAACAAAGAGCCAUUAUACCUCUAAAGAUUGUCCAUAUUAGAGGCUUAAAAUGAGAGUCAGGCUGAAUAAGUUGUCUCUCUAACUGGGGGAAAAAGGUCAGAGGUCAGAUUACGGGGGAAGGGGUGAAUACACACAGACACAGUGUCCUGAAUGUUGGAAUGUAGAGCAGGGAGAGAAAGAGAGAGAGAGGACAAAGCUCCAAAAAGAGGGAGUGGGGCAGAGGAUGACAAGACUGAUUAAUGUUAAAAAAUAAAUCAUUGUAUUUCCUGCUGUAAAGAUCUGGAUGUGUACUCGAGUGCAUGAUCUGACAGGGUUGUUAGUUAAUAAAUGUAAUCUGUAUAUUCGUACACAUAUCACAGGCUCUGGAAUAUUUCAUACAUACUUUAAUACAAUGAAGCCUUUUUCUUGAGUAGGCCAUUAGAUUGCCGUAUUACCCUAAUAUCCUCCUUUUCUCUACCCUUCUCUUCUAUUACAGGCUAUCUUCCUAAUGGGAUCCAUGCAGUGGAGGCCAUGUUAGCAGCAGCCAGCAUCGGAGCAAUCUGGAGCUCCACGUCUGUCGACUUUGGGGUCAAUGUAAGGACUGUUUGUGGCUUUUGUUUCCUUAUUUGUGGUCAAGUAAAUUUUUAACCAACAAAAGCUGUUCAUGUAUUGUAAAUCCCUUUUGUUUGUCAGUUCUUUUAGUCAUUCAAACUAGAUUUAAAUACACAAGUAGAUUUCUUACACAGGAACUACUCGGUCUUUUGAGGCAAUGUUGGAUUAUAUCAAAACUAUUUGACCUGCUAGUUUAGAGGGGCUUGAUUUCUUUAACCCGUCUAAACUACGAUUUAACUAGUUAAUUCUAGUAGUAAUUCUAGUUCCUCCAUCUAUAUUAAGAAUUAUAAUAGAGGCUGUAGACACAUCCAAAAAAACAUAAAUACAGAAGUGAAGAUGAAAAGGUUUCCAGGUUUUCAUUGGUUCUUUAAUAGUCUUCUUUCUGAAUUCUUGUGCUCUACUUUUGUUUCCAAUACUCUGCUGCCCCGUGUGGUAAAUCACAGUAGUGCAUGUACUAAAAAAAGUUAUUUGUGUUGUUGUAGUUGCAGUUUUACAAGGCUGUAAUGUACUUAAUGUUCCAAUAAUGUUAGGAACUGCCUAUCCACCAUAAUGUCCAUUUCUCUGUCUCUUUCUUUUUCCUUAUUUAUUUAUUUAUUCAUCUAUUUUUUAUUUGAUAUUGCUCUUAAAUGUGUUUUAAAUGUUUGUGCCUUUUGUGCAACAGUUUAACAUGAUGCUCAUCACUCUUUAGCAGACUCCAUGCUUGUCUGCUGUUAAUUAUUAUUUGCUCUUAUUUGUUUUAUUUUCAUCACAUUAAAACUCUGUCUCUCUUUUUUCAGGGUGUCCUCGACAGGUUCUCUCAAAUCCAGCCCAAGCUGAUCUUCUCUGUUGCAGCUGUGGUUUACAACGGCAAAACACACGACCACAUGGAGAAGCUGACCAGUGUUGUCAAAGGUUCGCAGACACUGAAACCAUCCAAGCAAUUAUUUUUACGUUUGAUUUUUAUACAUUUUUGAUUAAGUUUUGGUUUUUUUUACAAAUUUAAAAUCUAUUUAUUAAAAAGAAAAAUAAAUACACAUGGUUUCUUCAACUAAUGGGUGAUGAAACCUAAAACUUUUGCUAUUAGAUAGCAAGAAGAAAAAGGGUUGAGCAGUUUGGGACAAAGGAGCUCUUCAGGCUUUCACAAGUGUUUGAAAUGUAGAGUUUCUGCACAGUAGAUGCUGCAGUAAAAAGUAGGAUGAAACAGGAUUUCCUCCUCUGCUAUCACAGGACUGUCCAGAGAUUCACAAAGCAUAUUUCAGCCCUGGACUCGAGAAAACCUUCAGGGGGGCUCUGUAGAGGAACAAUAUGUGUUACAUAUUCUUAGAAAAAAAUAACACCUACAUCCCUCUGGGAGCCAUCUUUGCUUUUCACAAGAUUACAGUGUGAAGAAACACUAAAGCCUCGGCGUCUCUGCUUCUCUCUCUGUAGGUCUGCCUGACCUGAAGAAAGUCGUGGUGAUUCCCUACGCUCGCUCCAAACACGAGACUGACCUCUCCAAGAUCCCCAACAGGUGAGUGUGCCUGUGAAUCAACUGUGCUAAACUUGUUCAAGCUGACGAUCAGGUUACUUUUGUUCAUCUUUCAACAAGUUUGACUCAUUCUUUUGUGUAUCUUUGCAGUGUAUUUAUAGAUGAUUUCUUGGCCUCUGGGCGGGGCGAGGGGGACCAGUAUCCCCAGCUGGAGUUCGAGCAGCUUCCUUUUAGUCAUCCUCUGUUCAUCAUGUACUCUUCCGGCACCACAGGAGCUCCUAAAUGCAUGGUGCACUCUGCAGGGGUAAGAAACAAGCUGUAGUUCCAUUAGCACAAAAUCAUAUAAAAAAAAAAAGAAAACAUAGUUCAGCAUUUAAUCCAUUGACUCUCCUGUGAUACUGCUAUUUCAUAUUAGUGAUUAGUUCGUGUCAAACACAGGACGAAGUGAACAUUUUGCUUCUAUUUUUAUGCCCAAUUUUUGCAACCGAUCCAGAAGGGCUGGAUGGACCACAGCUGUCACACAUGCAACUGCACAUUAGCGCACACUGGUCACAUCUGUUCGCCAAGCUCUCCAGGGAUGGCAAACAUGCACAGUUUUGUAUCCAGUCCAAACUAUUUAUAUAAACAGGCAUGUGGACGGUUUCUGGAGAUGUGAUGUUUGAUUCAUUUUUAUAAAAAGUGAGAAAAAUGUGGUUGAAUCAGACAAUGUAACACAAAAUGAUUUAUUCUCAACACGUAACCAAUUUCUCAUUUAUUCUUAACGAUCAAAUUUAAGUUUCUACUUUACUUUUCUUUCUUCACCCAGCUGUUAUGGUCCCAGUGUAAGUCGGCUGUCUUGUUUUCAAUUUUAGGCAUUUGCCUUGUUAAAAGUUUCAAGUUGUUGCCUGAACUUUGAAACAGAAGAUAUAUGGAAAACUUGUAAUAAACUUUCAAGUGUCAGGAAUCAACACAGAGGUCAUAAAUCAAAGAUGUAUAAGAUAAUAUUUGAGGAAAUUCUAGAUAUUAGCUUGUUGUUAAGGUGAGAUGAAAAAAUAUCCAACAUUUAAGGACAGUUUACUACAUGUGUUAUAUGGUUGUGACAACUACAGAUGUAUUAAUAUAGACAAAAAAAUACUAGUAUGAACAUCUUUGUCAUACCUUUAUCAAUAUCAAAGAAGGACACGAACAAGUUCUGCCUGAACUCUGGUCCUCUUGUCAGGCUCUUAAGCAUUAACUGUGUCCGUUCCUGAGGUUUUAAGUUGCUUUACUGACCACAAGGUGGCAGCAAACCUCCAUCAGAGGAUCUAAGAAGUGCCGUUCCCUCUCAGGGGAGUGAAUGAAUGACAUUUUUAUCCUGCUGCAGACCCUAUCUGAGUGAGGUGCGAUGUGAAGUUUAGAUGAAUGUGUGAUUUUAUCAGGUUGGCUGCUCUUUGAAGGCUGAAACACUCAGACAUACUAAGUGGAUUAACACACCCAAGUGAAUGCAUUGACACAUUUACGCUAAAUAUUUAUUUUUCACAUACACUCUGUUCUGUCAUUUUUGUCAUUCUUAUCAUUCUUACUCUUCUUUUACCCUUCUGCCUGUUUCACUGCAGCUUCUCCAUCCCAAACUCGCAUUUCUACAUUUUUACAACCCAUCCGCCUGUCAGACUCUCCCUGGAAGUUUCCCCCGGCUUUAUUUCCUCUCUCCUCCAGCUCCCUCUAUUUUCUCUCUCUUUUGUUUUCCUCUCUAUCUUGUUCUUUUGUGCUCCCUCCGUCUCCCCAUGCUGCCGAUAAUUGGACAGUAAUGCGUUGGUGAAAACAUUUUGUAUCGCGACGUUGGCAGUCCUCUCUGGCUCUCCCAAUUAGCCCCGACACUGUUGUGCUUUCUGCUUUGUUACGGCUCUGUUAACAUGCUGUCAGUGGCAAGAUGGCACGCACCAAAGGACGGGGUAUGGCAGCUGAGUUCUGCCAAAGAUUAUAUGCACACACACACACACAGACACACAAACUGAGCACCUGUUUAUGCAAACAGCAACUUAUGCUGGAAACUAAAACAUGGUGAGUCCACACGCUUGAAAUUCACCUCUUGCAAUAAUUACCUGUCAAACUGAGGAGGGCUUGUGACUGUGGAUGAAUCCACACUUUACACAAAUUGCACUUUCUUUGUUAGAAGGAUGUGCUGUAGGGGAAACAUAUUCUUGCACAACUCAAGAUUGAGGUCCUAAAUAUCUCAAAAAAUAACAUAUACAUUACAAUAUAUGUAUUAAAAAUGUUCUUCCCCUCUGUCUUUCUCUCUUUUUGUGUCUGAAUCUGUAGGGCACGCUCAUCCAACACUUGAAGGAACACAUCCUCCAUGGCAACAUGACCAGCAGUGAUGUCAUCAUUUACUACACCACGGUAGGUGUAACCUUUAACUUGGAAAAAAUGACACGCUUGUUCCCAAAUUUUCCAGACCAGAGAACUUGACGCUGCUCUCCGCUCUCUUUGCUUUAUCCCGGUUAGAAGUAAGCACAGAUUGAGCAAGUGAAGCUUUUCUAAUGAGUACUGAAGGUCAGAAUACUGAUUUCUGCCAACUUUGGAUGUAUUUAGAGUGAGAAACAUGAGCUGAUCUCAUUGAGGCACUUGAUCUGAUUCAGAAAAAGGGCUAGUGUUCAUGUAAGACAAAUUUGACCAAUUUAUGGCAUUAGGUGGAUGGACUAGAAUUAACGGUGGAUCGAGUUCAGAUACGUUACCAAGAUGUACAGUGCUCAGCAUAAAUGAGUACACCCCUUCAGAGUUGUCUGAAAACCUUUAGUUUCCUUUCAAAAUCAACAUUUUCUGUGUCAACCUAUACAAAAAAUAUUCCCCCAAAUGUAGGCUAUUAAUUGCAAACAAGAUUUUUUAAGUUGCAUAAAAGAAGUAUUUUUUUCAAUUUAAAAUCAGGAUGCAAAAAUGAGUACACCCCAAUCAAAGUUCCGGAGCAAAGCUAAAUUUUAGUUACUAACCCUUAUUUUCAUCUCAUGGUAAAUGAAAUGUUAUGUUAAUCUCAGCUUUGUCAAAACUUUGGAAAUCGAACUUCUACUCAUCUAGAUAUUGAGUAAUACGUUACUCAGCGGCUGUACUGACUUAUGCUGGGCACUGUACUUCCAAUCUGAUUGACUCUCAUCAGGUCAGUCCUGUCUGUUUGUUCAGAGCUGGAGGAGAGUAUCAGCUGUGAUAUCAGAUUUACAGUCGUAUGAGGCACAGACUCGGCGGUCAGUUUCCUAUGUGUGUAAGAAAGGUGUCAUGUUAAAAUGAUAUCUUUCAGACUUUUCAAGUAAUAAAGUUCCGGCUCAUGUGGCUGACAUUACACAUCUUGCAGUGUGACUAUCAUGCAUGCACACUUUGCACUGAUACAUCCUUCAACCCAACAUGGACCACAGAUGCCUGAUGUUGAGCCUGCAGGACUUGUACAUUUUGCUUCCUGUUUCUCCCUGUUGAUGUUAAACAAGUGUUUGCACCAGAUAAACUGACCACUGUGUUGUGUGUUUUUGUCUCAUAGACCGGCUGGAUGAUGUGGAACUGGCUGGUGUCCUCUCUGGCAGUCGGAGCUUCAGUGGUCCUGUACGACGGUUCACCACUAAUGCCCACACCCAAUGUGCUGUGGAACCUGACAGACCAGCUGGGGUGAGUUAGCCACGGACACAAACACACACAGACAAGCACCAGAGAUAACUGAGCAGGACUCAUUAUUACUUUUUGGGAACAAUUUGCAUCUUAAUUUAGGUGAUAAUGAAUACAGUAUUUGUAGUUAUUAAAACACACGCACAGUCCAUGGUAAUGUGUUGGUUGUGACCCUUUCAGGAUCUUAAAUCUCCAGAUCCAUGUUGCUUUUUUUAGCACCAAUUGUAAAAGUGAUACACGACUUUUUAAUAAGUUUGGAUUUCCCUUUUACGCUGAUAUUCUAUUUGAGUGGAGAGCAGAGAGACUGACGGAGAGAAAAGACCAAAACCAGACAAUUGAAGGGAAAAAAGAGUCAGAUAUGCAGACAGAGUGUGAAAGGGGAGCGUGAACAAAGGGUAAGGUUUUCCUUUGAGAUUUCGUUUUUCUUUUUUUUUCUUUUACCGCAGAAUUGAUAAUGUGUUUACCUAACUGGCAACUUGCGCACAAGAGCAUAGCCAUGAAUAAAGAUUUCUGCUGGUUGUUAUGUGCAUUGAGAUCAGAGACCCUCUGCAACUGAUUAUCCAAUAAACAUGUUUUAUUAUUUACUUGCUAAUAAAUCACACUUUAUGUAAAUCAGGAGGGAGAAGAGAAGUGGAGUUAGAGAAGAUGGCUUGGUUGGGAAGGAGAGAAAGACAGUGUCGGCAGAGGGAGAUCAUUUUGCUUCAUUUCACUGUUUGCUAUAAAUGCAUUAAGGUUUGGAUUAAACACAAUAUGAAUUUUCUCACAGCCCUCUAAAGCACUAAAAAAAAAACAAGAAGUUGUCUUCAUAAGACCACAGCAGCCUUCACACUCAGAACAGGAGGCUCAAAUGUUAUCUCCAUAUUUUAUUGCUGUGCUCCAGUCUUUGAAAUGUUAAUCUGACAAACUGGGAUCAUUUCACUUCUGAUCGAACGAUAAGCAUCUUCAAAGAGAUAGACAGCAGGAACCUAGAGAGACACUUCAAGUCAAAUCACAAAGUCGACAAGCUGUUAACCAACACAAGCUGACUGUGGCAUUCAGCAUCUUCAUAUUGAACUAUUUUAUUUUAAAAUCAUACAUCAACAACAACAGAUUAUAUCGCUGAUGUACAGAUACACAGUUCCACAUGAAUUAAUUUCCUCCAUCUUAUUCUUAUUAACAAUAAUGUUUUGUUUUAGUUCUGUUUUAACUUGACAUAUGGCCGGACGUCUGUCUCAGAUUUUCACCACCUGUUAUGUUUGUUUGUACUGUUAAUGGGUGUCCAUCAAUCAGGAAGCAGUAUGAUGACCACAGUGUGUCAGGUUGUUAAUGUUUAUGACCUGGACAACGGCAAUAAGACUAUCGAGACCGACAAGCAGAUGGUCAGACAACAAAACCAGUAGGAGAGUUGAAACCCAGAGUAUAAUCAAGCACUGAAACUCUUUUCUACGGUGGCCCUGAGGUGCAAAACACAACGGCAAAUCCAAAAACACAACACAAAAAGAGGAAACACAAUGGCAAGAAAACACAAUGGCUAAUCAGGAAACACAACACAAAAAAAGAGAAAACACAAAAACACGAAAACACAACACAAAAACAGAAAACAAAAUGGGAAAUAAGAAAACACAACACAAGAAUAGAAAACAGCGGCAAAUCAGGAAACAACACAAAAAUAGAAACCACAAAAAGAGAAAACACAACAGCAAAUCAGAGAAAAUACAACAUAAAAAGAGAAAAAACAACACAAAAAGGGAAAACAAAACGGGAAAUAAGAAAACACAACAGCAAAUUAGGAAACAAUAUAAAAAGAGAAACCACAAAAAGAGAAAACACAAUAGCAAAUCAGAGAAAACACAACGGCAAAAGAGAAAACACAACACAAGAGAAAACAACUGCAGAGGAGAAAAUACAACACAAAAAGAGAAAACACUGAUUUGCCGUUGUGAUUUGCCGUUGUGAUUUGCACCGUACUUUUCUGUAUAAAAUGGCUUGUUACGUAUGAAUAAAUAAGGUGAUAACCUGCCGUUUGACGUGUUAAAAAACAUAUUCUGGACAGUGCUUCUGUCUGCAUUAGAGAAGUGCUCUGAAGUAACACAAAUCCAGGAGUAAGAGCAGAUUUAAUCCACUGUGAGAACAGACUGGGAAAGUUUCCUUCAGUAAAAAAACAAAAACAGAAAUAGAUUCUGUUUCAUCCAGCUCUCCACGUCUGUGCUGUAUAAACCCCAUAACCCCUUUCCUUCUAAUCAAAAUCUUUUCACACACUGUAGGUUCCCACCUGACAUCGCACAGCAGCUAUUAACAGCACUUUCUCUUGGUAAAUGUCCUCUUGCCCCCUCCACCACCACCAUAACCAUAACAAACAGCUGAUGUUAAAGCCAGUAUUGAUCUUCUAUUGUCCUCUGAAGACAGCAAGAGAAAGGAGGAAGUGGUCAAGGAUAAUAGUGUGAGAGUGCAGGUGUGCAGGCAGGCAAUUAAUUUGUCCAAUUUUAAUUGGGAGGAUGCUGAGGGUGUAUAUUCUCCCUGUGACCCAUUGUUUUCUUCUUUAUUUAUGAAGCCCCCAGGUCAUACCCCAUUCAGCCUUUGAAUUCAUUGGCUCGGCGAUCCAUUUUGUCGACUUUUAAGGUGUGAUUUAAAAAUUUCACCCAAAAAAUACAGCCUAUUUACCCUCUGCUCACAGCUUUCUAUUACCCAAGAAAGAGGCUUAUAUGAUCUUUCUGAAUAAAACAAGAGAGGAUUUGCAAACAGCAUGAUUAACAGCUGACAGUGGCUGCAGUGUUUGUCUUUGACAAAAGUAAACAGACCCAAAGAGGAAGCCCUGAAAAGUCUGAGUCAGAAGGGGGACUCCGUUACUGAAUAAAGAUGAAUUAUUUCUUGUGGCCAGCAGGGGGACUCAGGCUAUCAAAGCACUCUGUUUUUAUUUGAGUUGUGUCAGAAAAUUAAUGUCCCGCCUCAGUUGACAUUUACCACAUAAGGUAAAUGUUUUAAUAACAAAUUUUAGGUUUAAUUUAAUGCAAGAUGAAGAAUUUAGUCUUUUGUGUAAAGUAAUUAUUGAUAUAAAGUGUGUUUCCUUCUUGGUUACACCCUGACCUGCUGUGAUGCACUAAAAAAAUACAGUAAUAAGUCAAGGGUUCCUUUUUUGGUCGUUCCAUUUCAUUGCAAGCUUGUUUUUUGUAGCUGUGGACGUGGAUGAAUCUUGCAUUGGUCGCCCUAUUACAGCUGAUUUGCUUUCCUUUUUGCAUUUCUCUUGCUUUCGAAGGCCAAAGAUGGUGUGAACCGAAAAACUUGAGGCUUCAGAAAAGCAGUCCAUAAAUCUUUAAGUGGUGACUGCAUGGUUGCUUUCUUCACUUUCUACAGUUUGUAAAUCAACCACAAGCUUUACUGCGUUUGGUUGAGAUACUUUUGAACAAUCAUGCAAACCAAAGGAAAGUCGGUCAUCGGCAAAAAUAUUUGAUAAAUCCAUAUUUUUUGAAAAUCCAUGAGGAAAUAUUUAAAAUCUAAAACUCACAAACACAUAAGCAAAAAAUCUGCCCCCAAUGUAGCUUUGAGCAACCUCAACUAGCAUUAAUAAAAGAUGGAUUAUGUCACAAAGAGGCAUCUUCCAGAUGUCUGUGUGUGUCACCGAUCACACUCAAGGAACUUGUGGUUAAAUUAUGAAAGAAAUCCACUGUGGUCAGCAGAAGCAAAGAGAAUAUUAGGAAGUGGUACGUCAGGUGUCAUAUUAGCUUCAGCAUGGUGGGAAAGGAUGGAGAGAGAGAUUUGACAUGGAUCAGGAUAAGUGGGAAAAAAGUACUUCUGCUGCAUUUACCUAAAGAGGAUCUGCCAGUAAAAUUCCAGUGCUAGUAGUUAGCCCCUUUUUAUCAUUGAAGGAGUUUAAAAUUACCUGUCAGUUAAAUCAAUCACACAAAUGCAAGAGUUUUAAUUCUGCUCUUAAGUUUGAAGCUGUAAUUUGGAUGAACACAUACUUUCGGUACUGUUGUGUCAAGAAAAUGUACUUUUCUUACAGCCACACCAACUCUUCUCUCUCUUUAAUAGUUUAUGGUACAUAAGAGAAGGUGUUCAACGCUAGAAUAAUCUUACCAAAAUCACCCACAGAAAGGAUUUCAAAAGGUGUUUCUCGUCUGACAGAGACAGAUGAACCUUUGAAAUGGUGAGGACAUUUUUGAACCAAUUAAGUGCUGAUGCAGUCACCUCAGACACAUUUUCCAGAUCCCAGCACUGUGUGGAAAAACCCUCAGGGAGAGGUUGACAUGGAGUUUUUUACACCCUCAUCUUCAGAGUUGAGGUUGGACAUUUUAAUUGGGGCUAAAUCUGUCAGAGCCUCUGAGAGUGUUAAAGUAAUAUUGAUGCUUCCCACGCUGCCUUGAAUUUUGUUGGUUAGUUGUGUAACUCUGUUAUUGAGCCCUGCUGUUAUACCACACUCAGAAACUGACUUUGCAGUUUGAAAUGCUUGUUAGAUCCUUUUUUAAUUAUGAUAUUUUCAAGUCCGGGACUAGAGGGGGCAUUUUGUUAAAGCACAAAGUUUAGCAUCUAGAAAGUGACAUGAACCUCUCUAUUAGGGGUUGGAAUCACCAGUGGCCUCACAAUACGAUAUUAUCACGAUACUUGGGCCACAAUUCGAUAUUAUUGCGAUUUUUAGCAUGCUGCAUUAAAUUUCCUUUUAUGUUUGUCUUAUUUAUGCUGUAUUUUAUAUUCAUGUAGCACAUCUUGCAAACCUUAUACAUACAUAUAUAUAUAUAUAUAUAUAUAUAUAUAUAUAUAUUUGAAAUAUUUUGUACUAACUUUCUUCUGCUGUAUGAUGUCACCUCUGCCAACUUCACUGGACAAACAGCUGAUUUUAUUUUUCCAUUAUCAUAGACUUAACUUCAUAAUUAUAUCAAUACUUGGUAAAUGAGACGAUACGAUAUAUCACCAGACAAAAUAUCGCAAUAAUAUGCUGCAUUGAUUUUUUCUCCCACCCCUACUCUCUAUUCAGUAUGUCGGCGUUCAAAACUCAAAAAUUGCCCCUCUAUCUUGUGGGAAGUGCUCACCCCCAGGCAGCCUCUAAUGUCAGUCUACUGCUGUUAACAGUUUAAAUGAAGUGAUUUGAACCAGUAGAAAACUCUGUUUUGUGUCUAAUGAGUAAAGUUUUUUUCUGGUGAAAAAAGUGAUAGCCCUUCCAGUGCUGAAGCGCCAAUCUGAGGAAAUCAGAAUCUAAAUCAAAUGGAAAGCAGUGUCACUAAAUACACUCUAGUUGCUGCUCUUGUUCACUCUCUGUCUUAUUUUUGUAACAAAGCCUCUGAAUGCUCGUCCAUCUUUCUUGUCUGUGUCACUUAGAGGUUUAUUGAGACUGUAGUGAAAAUAAAAGCAGCAGUAUUCCUGGACAAAGCGAGCAAAAGGUUACAACAUUUAUACUCAUGACAGGCUCUAUGUACAUGACAGGACCCCUCUUGGAUCUUCUUGUCUCUUCCAUCUCAUGUCCAUUACGUGUUGAGCAGAUUUCUCAGGAGGAGAAAAAGAAAAAAAAAACGACCUCCCUGCACUUCUGUGCGCACAAUGGCAAUGUUCUCUUUUACAAAUGCCAGCCAAGAUUGGCCUCUGUGGAGGAGAUGAUUACAGAUAUGUUUUAUCAGGCUGCAUCUUGUCUGCUCAGUUACAAAGUAAGAAACAUCGGCAUAACAGUUCAAGGCCAUGUCUUUACGUUGAAAUCUCAUACACAGAUUAUUUGUUUAGAUUAGACAAAAGAUGCACCUGUUUAAAUUGUCAAGCAUAUCUAUCUAUUGUCAAAACACCAACAGUAUUGGCCUCUACAUGGUCUUUUUUUUUUUACCACUCCUGGCACAAAAGGAGUGCUUUUCCAACACAGAGUAGAAAAAGUUUCUCGAUACAGAAUGGUAGAAAGAGCGGAGCGCUGAUAGAAUAUAAUUUAAACAUCUUUUUUUUCACAAAAGAGAGGGCCGAGUAAAUCAGUGAAAAGAUGAAACAAAGUUGAAAGGGAAAAAAACUGCAACUCUAGAAACAGUAAAUAAUGACGUACUUCUGAUAUAAAGUCUGUCUUUUGUAUGCAUGGCAGUAACAAGCUGUACCUGAAAAGAUGUAGCAUUUACAGUUUCCUCAAAAUGAUGGAGUGCUUCACAUCAGUGACACAAUCAGGUAGCAGUUUUAAAAUGCUCCCCACAGCCCCUCAUGCCAAAGAGGUCGGUAAUGUUUUAUGGCAAACGUGUGCACAAGCAGUUAAGUAAACACUCACAUUCAGUCGCCGCAUCAUGACACGUGCAGUGACACAUUAACGUGAUAUUUGCUCAGAGGUGCUCCGGUGUCUGAUUCUCUUCCAGUGCCUCUUAUUGGCUCAUUACCUUUCAGUGGCAUGUCCCCCUUCAAUCAGACACACAGGUACAUUAACACAUGCAGGCGCACACUCACAGCUUCUCCUCCACCCUCCAUCCAAAGCAGCCAGUUAAGAGUCACACCUAAACACCUGCGUCCAAUCAGGAUAGAGUAACCUUCCUCAUGGACACCAGUAACGCACAAAUCCAGAUACAGAUUGAUAGAGACUGGAGAGUGAAUAUGUGUAUGUGUGUCAUCUGAAGUAUCUGAUAGAGGUCAGUGAAUUUGGAGAACAGGUACAAAUUGAUUUAAGUCAUGAGACACACACUUAAACACAUAUUGUAAAGUAAAAGGUAGAUAUUUAAAGACCCACUCUAAUGAAAAUCAUGUUUUUUUUGUUGUCUACAUGUUCAUAUGGCAUUUUCCGAUGCUACAGGACAUAUCAUUAGAAAAAUAAUUGUGGAAUUGCAUUUCUGAGUAUUUCUGCACUCAAAUUGCUGUAAAUCUCUGGCAGAUCCAAACGUCAGGUUCAGACACAUAGGGAUUUCCUAUGUCACAAUUCCAAGCUCCGCCCCUGGUGCCCUGCUAUGCAGGCCAGACUCGGAGCAGUAGAGAGGACAAUCGCUGAACAAAUGUGUGGGUUAGCAGACUGCAAUGCUUGUAAGAUUGCUAAUCAUGAUAUUAGCUUUCAUCAUGUCCCCAAAGACAUUAGUGUCUGAGAGCUGAAUAGCUCCUAUGUUACCUGCUUCUUCUCCUACACUGGCAAUGUUACAAGCUAGCGUGUAGGAGAGUGAGCAGAGCAGCGAUGUCUAUGUCCACGACUCAGAAUUACUAAUGAGCCACUGGAGCUCUGCAGAAGAAAAGCCCUUGAAAAUGAGACAGGCAACAUGAUUUUGGCUAAAAACUUCAUAAUCGCAAUUUAAAGACCACUGAGAAGAACACUUUAAGUAGUAACAAAAAACUGAUUGGAGUGGGACUUAAAAGGCAAUGUGAGGAGGUUUCCCUCUCACCCACUGCACCAGACUGUGGGGGCUUUAAGCAGCUCCUUCAGCAGCAGACUUAGACUCCCACCUUGCAAGACGGAGCGCUACCGCAGGUCAUUCCUCCCUUCUGCAAUAAGACUUUACAACAAACUGCAAUAAAACUGGACUCACACCACCACUUUUUUCUGGUACUUAAAUUGUGUAUAUUGUAUAUAGUUUUAUUUUAUUUUAUUUUAUUUUCUUCUCCCCUUUUUCCUUUUUCUAAUUUUUUUCUUAAUUAUAACAUUUAUUUAAGUUCUUAAUAUUACGAUCUUUAUUUUUAUAACUGCAUUUUGCACUACCUUUGUCUGUGAUGCUGCUGUGGCAAAAAAAUUUCCCCCAUGGGGGAUCAAUGAAGGAAUAUUCUAUUCUAUUCUAUUCUGUUUAUGAAACACCCUGAAGCUGAGACUAAUGCCUCCUUAUGACCUUUAGAAGCAAACUAUAACACUGGUAUUCAGUAUGACACGCACUGUGAUUAAGUUGUUAAGAUUUGGCACUCAGGCAGUUUGGUGAGGAUAGAAAGUGAGACGUGAAGCGGCAUGGGCAAAGGUGGGUUUACUUCUGCACAUUUAAAGCUCUGUGAACGUGUUAUUUUUCAUCCAGAGUGGACUGAAGCGGCUUUAUUCUGCUGUACACAGAAAAUAAUGAAUUUGAACAGCAUCUACAGCAUCUUCUGAUAUUACUUCUCAGAAGCUUUGCCCCUUCGCCCCAUCCCACUGCCCCCCACCCACCACCAAUCUCUAUUACCACUAAUCGAUUCUAACCUCGGAGAGCAAAUCACAUCCUCCACUGAGAACCAAUUCCUGCUUAUUGACCAAUCAAGCACCAGACUGUUGUUCUGUGUCCCAGAGACAGAUCCUCUCUUUUUCUGAUGUGAUUUGAUUGACAGGCAUGGUUACCGGAGUGAUAGGAGGCAAUUUGAUUGAUUUGAUGUCAGCAAAAAUAACUUGAAAAGGCAGAAAGAGACAGACGAAGACACCAACACACUCGUGCAGACAGAGGCAGACUUUAAAAGGCGCCUUUGUUUUAAAAGGAAAACUGCAGGGGAACACUGAAGUGACGUUUUGUCACUUCUUGCCUUCCACAUGUUGUCCAACUGUUGUCAGCUGUCACGGCGACUUCUAUUCACUCAGAAAAAAGCCACCCUCCAAAUUCAUUUCAUUUCAGUCUGCAAACAUCCUGUCAAUACCUUCUCCUCUGAACUAUUACCUUGUCGAACACUCACAAAGAUGCUGUUUUGUCCACUCAUGCCAGGCUGACCACCUUUGUGUUUCUUCUUUAUGUUUGUUCACUUAAAAGUCAGUACACAAUCAGUUUCUUCUUUUUUCUUUUUUUUCGAUUUCUCUUAUCUACCCAUGUAGGGUUGACUGAGUGCACACACUCUGUUUCAGCGUCACCUUGCUUUACAUUUGCACAGCGACACACACUCUCCUCUCCUGGGAGCUUCUUAGCACAGCCGAGCCACUGAGCAGCUCCACUGGAGCAGAUGGGAUUAAGGGCAAAGGCUGUUCAGUGGCUGUUACCCUUUUUGUAUUUCUACAUUCAGUGUGCAGGCAUUAAAAUUGUGCUUUGUCAUGCAUAGAUUCAGGGCAACAAAUGGAGCGUUUUCAGUUAAGGGCAUACUUACAUCGACUCCUUCAUUCAUACUCUUUACUUCCAGUGCCAUAAUAAUACUCAGGUGAAAAAAGCUUGUAUGACACUCAUACUUCUACCGUAACAUUAAAAGGGUUGCCGCUUUGUCCAUAAGGGGGCGCCAAAGUUAACACAGACAGAGAGUUCCUUCUAGGAGCUUUAAAGCCUGACCCCGCAAUUUCCACUACAUCCGGAACGGCUCCGAAUAUUUUUUGCCAUCUGCAAAUUCCUACUGGAUCCAUUUGUGAGUCGAAUUUCGUGGUGGAUUACAGACAGCAGCAAUCUCGAGAACUCACAAGAACCUGUGGAUUCACAUGCAACUGCGCAAUAACGAGUUGUCUUCUAUAAAGAUAUCCACAUAACUACAGUACAGGCCAAAAGUUUGGACACACCUUCUCAUUCAAUGCAUUUUCUUUGUUUUCAUUACUAUUUAAAUUGUAGACUCUCAAAACUAUGAAUGAACACAUGUGGAAUCAUGUGCUUAAGAAAAAAGUGUGAAAUAACUGAAAACAUGUUUUAUAUUUUAGAUUUCUCAAAGUAGCCACCCUUUGCUUUUUUGAUAGCGCUGCAAACUUUAGCUGUUCUCUCAAUGAGCUUCAUGAGGUAGUCACCUGAAAUGGUUUUUACUUCACAGGAGUGCCUGAAGUAACCCUGACAAGGUACUUCUGUCAUCAAGAGCAAAGAGUGGCUAUUUAAAAGAAACUAGAAUAUAAAACAUGUUUUCAGUUAUUUCACACUUUUUUUAUAAGUACAAAAUUCUACAUGUGUUCAUUCAUAGUUUUAAUGCCUUCAGUGACGAUCUACAAUGUAAAUAGUCAUAUAAAAAAAAAAAAAAAAGACAUUGAAUGAGAAAGUGUGUCCAAACUUUUGGCCUGUACUGUAUAUGAGCGGUAGAUUGUGUCCUUCCAGAGGAGGAAAUCCACUUCUAGAAUCAGCAUCUCCAUCUAGGGUGUCAUCAGGGUAAAAUGCUGUCUGAUAACCUUUACUUUGAAGUACGAUCCGCCUGAAACAUGUAGUGGUUUUUUUCAUGACUGUGCCCGACUUCCUUUCCAGCACGGACUAAUCUGUGCUGAAUUUGUGCGGCAUGCUCUGGCGUCCGGAUAAAACAGAACUCUUGCGAUCAGCUGUGGAGUCCACCGAUCCGCAGCAGAACGGAAAGAAACUGGUGGAAAUUGACACAUUAACUUGAAUGGCUACGAUCAGCUACAAUCAGCGGAUACAGCCUUUUCGGAGCCUUUCCAGAUGUGGUGGAAAUUGGGGGUGAGAUCUUUGAAGCUUUUAAUGAGAUACCAAACCUAAGUUGCUAUUUUUGUUCCCUCUCAAGAUCACACAUACUCUAGAAUGACAACAGACUUUCUCGAUUCCUUAACCUCUUCAAACAAAUCUCUAGAGACCAGGAGAAGGUGCAAAAAAGGCCAUUCUAGCUCACGAAUCGACCUGUCUAUAACAUUCAGACCAAGUCAACACUGAAGCUGAAGCCCAUGGGAAAUCAAGCAGAGUUAACAGGGUGGUCCAAGCAAAAUUUUCCAUGAGAUUCAGUGCAAAUAUUCACACCUUCUGAUGAGGGGUGAUUCAUUUAGUUGGCUGAUUUGGUUCUGUUGUUUUUAAAGUUAAUGUUGUCACAAAGCAGAAUAGAGAACAUGGACGUAGGAGGGCUGUCAUUGUUAAAAACAUUGACGCAAAUCCUCCUCUUUUUUUUACCCCCACAGAUAAUGAGCGUCAUUUUCCCCUUUGGAUAAGCUUGGAAAAUACUACUCAACUUCUGUGCUUAAACUUCUGUGCUUAAAAAUGUACAUGAUGUUCAUUAGGUCUGUCUUUUUCUCAUUUCCAGUAUCACCAUCUUUGGUACAGGGGCCAAGUGGCUGGCUGUGCUGCAGGAGAGAAACCUCAGACCCGGUGAGUUGUGAUGACAGACUCACACCUGUACUCGCGCACAGUCAUGCAGGGACACACAUGGACGCACAAAAAUAACAAGCAGGGACUGGGAGAGAAAUGCGUUCACCCACUCAUACACACACAAACACUCUCUGCGAAUGGAACCUGGAACAAUACGAGCAGAUGGACACGAUAAUGAUUAUAAUAGUGAUGCUAUUUGACUCCUAAUGUCCUCUGAGCCAUUUACUGUCUGAAUCAACAGUUUGCCCUGCGCUCUGGUGUUUGACACCGAAUCGAACGGAUAAAAGUGCUGUUAUGAUAAUUCCUAUGAGUCAUGGAUAGGGCCAACUAAUUGCUUUUAGUGUCACAGCUCUCUAGAGACACAACCAGGUCUCCACACAGAAUCAGAGCCUUGUUAGCCUUCCCGCUAACCCCUCUCCCUUUCUCUGCUAUUUACGUGACAAAAAUGACAGUUUAGAGGUGCACACUAAAAUUACUGCUGCUACGCGCCGCUCUUUUCAGAGAGUACAGGCUGUAAUAUAAAGGGAGAGAAAAGUUUCUCAAUUCUAGUCCCCAAUUUGGUGUGAAGUGUCAAGCAAUGCUCUUUUAGAUUUUGGUGACUUUUUAUGGUAAAAAGAAGGAAAAAAUAGAUAAGUGAGUUACACAAGCUGGAGUUUUGUUGAAAUAACUGAAGGUCAAAGCUUUUGGUCUUAAACGGCUUUCUUUUCUUCUGUCUUUAUUCUUAAAUGUAACCCUGUUUUCUUCUUCCUGCGUUAAGUCUUUUUUUAAAACUUCUGCAGAAGACAAAGCUGUUCCCUCACAUCCUCCUUUCUAACCACCUCUUCUGUCCUCUUCUUGGUUCUUUUUCUCCUCCCGUCCUCUUAUCCAGUCUUCUCCUCUCCUCUCCUCUUACCUUUUCUCUCUUUUUAAUAUUGUCUUCUUUAUUAUUUUGCUCCUUGUCUGUUCUUCUAUAAUCUCUGUGUGGUUUUGUCCCAUCCCCUCUUUUCUUCUGUCUUUCACUCUCCUUGGUUUCUGGUCUUUUACUUUUCUGUUUCAUUUCUCCGUUUUUCUCUUUUGGAAUAUUACUUUGUUUUUUUCCUUUUCUUUUCUUUCAUCAAUAUCUCUCUUAAUUUUAAUGCUCUUCUCUUCUCUUCUCUUCUCUUCUCUUUUCUCUCACUCCCAAAUUCUUUUCUUCUCUUCCUAUCCCCUGCUCUCUCCUACUUUCAUCUCUUCUCUCAACUUUUUUCCUUUUUUUUCCUUCUCUUGUCUUUUCUUCUUUUUCACUGUUCUUUCUUCUCGUCUUUUUUCUUUCAUUUCUUUGCUUCUUUUUCUUCCCCCAUCUUCUCUUCUUUCACUCUUCCUCUUCUCUUUUCUUCUCUUCCUAUUCCCUGUUCUCUUCUCCUUUCAUCUCUUCUCUCAACUUUUUUCCUUUUUCCCCUUCUCUUUUCUUGUCUUUUCUUCUUUUUUUCACUGUUCUCUUUCCUCUCAUCUUCUCUUGUUUUUUUCUUUCAUUUCUUUUUCUUCCCCGUUCUCUUCUUUCGCUCUUCCUUUUCUCUUUUCCUCUCUUCUCUUUUCUUCUCAUCCCUUCUCUUCUCCUCUCUUUUUUCUUCUUCUCUUUUCUUCUUUACUCUUCUCUUCUCCUCUCUUUUUCCUUUUUUCUUCUUUAUUCCUUUCCUAUCUUUUUCUCUUUCUUUUAUCUUUAUUUUUCAUUCUUAUCAUACUUCUCCUGACCUCCUUUUUUUUAAUCUUGUUUUCCUACUCCUUAUUUUCUUCUUUUCUCUUCUCUAACGUUAUCAUUUACAACUGUUGUUUAUUUCAUAAAGUGCUGUUUCUGUGCCUCCUGACUCCGGUGCACCCUCAUAAUCAGCUCAAAUCUUUAUUCAUGAUUUCUUUUUGCUGUGAUUUUGUGUGUCUCUUGGAAAGUUUUAAAUGAAUUAGCAAAACAAACUUCUAGUUUGUGGCUGAAAAGAAAAGAAUCACAACAAAAAUUAUCUGUUGGUUUGAUUCCAUCUUUGCUCCUCCCCCUUUUGUUGGCCAGACAUUUGAUCCACUUGGCUCUUUGUGUGUGUAUGUGUGUAUGUGUGUACGUGUGUACGUUUGGAUGCGUAUUAAAGAGAAAGAGCAUGGCAGACGGAGAUUUGUGUGUCCCUCUGUGUUUUUGCAAAUGUGUGUGUGUUUAUGAGUGUGUGUAUGAGCAUGCCUGUGGUGGGCUGGGGUGGGGAGGUUGAGCUGCUUCAGUGGAUCCCCCAGCGGAGAGGCUCUUUUCCCUGGGCUGACAUUUGGACUGGACACCUGGAGGCGUUGUGGGGGGUAGCUCGAGUUCCCACUGUUUGUGUGCAUGUGUGUGUGUUUACGGGGUGAGGGUCGGUUGUUGGAAGCUGAUCAGUGUGCUGGGUGUUAAUGGAGUGUGGAUUGUGUGGCAGUGAGUGUCCAUUUCUUUGGGGAUAGAGGCAAAGUCCUAUGAUGUGUCACACGAGGCUGGUGAACCACACCAUGGCAACACGUAUGAGGGUGUAAAACCACAGCUGUGCACUGUGUUAAAUUUGACUGUUUUUGGACUCUUAUUUUGGCCAAACAAAUGGGCUUUAGCCUCUAGUGGACACUCAAAGAAUUGCAUUAUUUUGCCCUCUGCUUUGGCUUCAGUUUUCUCCAUUCGAGCUUGUGUGUUUAUGUCAUUUGGUUCCAGCUCAGUGGAAGAGCUCUUGUCAAAUCUUUAUCACAGUUUUUCAUCAUUGCUGAGGCACAUUUCUUGAAACCUUCCUCCCUUUGUUCUAAAACAGUAAAGACGAAACCCAGUUUUCAAACUACAUCCACAAAACCUCUGAUUCUUCAUGCAAAAUCAAACAAGAAUCAAAGCAGCUUUAUCUGAGCGCAGAAUCAAACACUGUUUUCACAUCAUAGACGCAGCAGUCAAAAUAAAAACACUCCAGAGCAGGAAUUACACGACAUGACAAACUAGAAAACACAGCAGCAAGGGAUCACUCGAGAAGAAAAGUUUGCGUGAGACCACAGUUAGAAACAGGAAGUUAAGUUUAGUUUAAAAUGGAAUGAAUUUUACAAAACAAAUAUUCAAAACUUUGGCACAACCGGACAUAGCAAAGGAGUCCACUAGUAGUGACAGAGCAGCUGCUCCUUUUAACCCCAAAUUUGAACCUUGAGUCAAACCCUGGGUGGACAGUUUAUAUUUGAACUGCAAUGAGCUGCUUAAACUCCUAAUAAUACAAUAUACCAGCACAUCAGACCACCUGAAGUAGCUUGUCAUAUGAUCCAGCAGUGGGAGUAGCUCGGGUUCUGCACUGUAGAUGAAAAAAUGAAUGUCAACUUUGUACAAAGCAGCUGUCUCAUACGUCAACAGUGGCUAAUUUGCUGGCUCACCUGAUUGCUUGCCACCCACAUGAAUCCACAGUGAUGGAGGCACCAUUGUUGAGCACGACGGCAAGAGUUUAGCUCUGUAAAAGUGCCUUUUUUACCACCGGCCCCUUACCGGAGGUUCAGAAAAAGGCCAUUACUGACAACAUUGAAGAACUGUUAUGUAUUUGAACUAGGGGUGGGAGAAAAAACUGAUUCACAUUAGUAUCGUGAUUUUUUGUUUUACAGUUUUUAAAUCAAUUUUUAUGUUCAAAAAUCGUUUUUAAAAAUAAAUCUUAAAAACUGACUUACAUGUGAUGUUUUUUUGGGGGGGGGGUAUGGUUUCUGGAAUAGUCAGUAGACAAUCAUCAUAUGGAUUAUAGUUUAAUGUGCUUAUCUGGCACUGGCCCCGACUCAGUACAUGCUAUCAUGACAGACAGCCAUCUCAACACUAGUGUCUAAUCAGAACUGAAAACAGUCAGUCUGCUGUUGUGUUAGUCUUCUCGCUUCCACCUGGGACGCGUCUUUUUUCCCCCCAGAAAGUCGCAAAAUCGCAUCGGGCUUGACAGGCGCGUCAAAAUUCGCCUCUAAAUAUUUCGUAAUUUCGAGUCGUAUAUUUGCGUUGGUCCCGGUGUGUAAGGACCUUAAAAAUCAAGAAAAUCAACAAUAUCACAGAAUCGCGAUUUAAAUCGAAUUGGCAUCCAAAAAAUCAUAGAAGGGGAAAAGCAUAUCGUCCCAGCCCUAAUAUAAACAUUUGCAUGUCAAGUUUGAUAUUCAUUGGAGGUUGAUUUUCUGAAAAACUGACAGUCCUAACACACACGGUGCACUGCAAAGAUGGUCAACCUAGAGACAGUCUCACUCUGUUCUUGAUCUUGGUUGUCGUCCCGCUCCUCCUCCUCUUUGCGUUGCAGCAUCUUUGAUUUUAACUUUCAGCACACUUCAGCUUGAUGUGUGUAGAUCUAGCUUAGUGUCUGCCCAUGUGCACCAUUAGUGUUAUUUCCUCAGCUUCCUGGCUUAUGAAGAUCUCAUCAAAUCCUUAGCAUUUUGUAUCUCAAGUGCAUCAAAAUGUGAUGCAGUAAGUGGGAAUGUGUUUAGAGUUUUGUGAAAAGAGUAAAUUAGAUCUGCAGUGGGUAUCUUUCUGAGUAAAAUUGUUUGAGGUCUUGUAAAAGAGUGAGCAAUUCAAUGAAUUUGUUUAGACUGUUGACCAUUUUGUACAAAGAAUAUCAACCACUAGAGUAAAAACCUCUCCUUACUUUCCGGCUGUUGGGUUAAAGCGCUUCAAGGGUGUCAUAUAAUACAAACAGCUGUAAUAGAUCUCUUUAGUAGGAACCCAUAUGCAGUCACAAACUGUAAUUUUGGAAUUUGUAAGAGACAUACUGUACAUUACACUUUGAUAUAUGUUAUCUAAAUUACACCAUUUUUAUCUUUUUAUCUCCCAGCUGAAACCCACAACCUCCAGACUCUCCACACCAUCCUGUCGACUGGAUCCCCUCUCAAACCUCAGAGCUACGAGUACGUCUAUCGCUGCAUCAAGAGCAACGUGCUGCUGGGCUCCAUCUCAGGUGACUCACUGGUGCCGCAACAACACAUUGUUUUUAUUGUUAGUGAAAUCCUAUAAGUACACAAAUAGCUGCAGCUUUUCCAAAGCUUGUUGUUGUCGUUUGCUGCAUCAAAAAAAAAAAGAAAGAAAGAAAAAGAAAAGAAAACCAACAAAGCAUCUGAGACGCUAACACAAAAGGACAGAUGCAUACAAAGGAAAUUCAGAAAUAACAGUAUAUUCUAUAGAACUGUAUGUUUUCCCCACCACCCACAGCACCGGGAAACACACAGCAGCACGCACAAACACCGACUCUCUCAGCCCAUUGUUAAGUUGACAGGGCAGUAGAAUGCUAUCUGUCUCUCUCUCUCUGAGUCCUGAAACGUUUAACAUUUAGCACAGCCUGGGUGACUGACGUAUUGUAGGCACACACACACACACAUAAACACACUCCAAACAGCAGCUGCAACCGUCACACAUAAACCAACAGAAUUUGGGCACCACGCAUGGGCAGAGUAUAAACCCCUGAUGAUGACAAACACAAACACUAACAUGUGCACAAAGACAGUGAAGUAGAUGGAUUGGACUCAGAAGCAUCAAGUGAAAUGUCACAUGUGCGGUAGCAACAUGUCCUGAUACAGAGAAAGUAAUGGGCCUUGAGCAGCAUACUUAUUGUUACAUAGCUGCAGGAUGUGCUUCUUUCUGAUUGGUCAUUACAAAGCAGUUGCUCAUGGCAACAGUGUGUUAUUUCCCAAUAGCAAGACGGUUGUUAUGAGGAGCGGACCGCUGCUAAGGGAUGCAGCUCUGAUCUCAGACUGUUCACUAAAACUAAUAACAACUAAAUGAACCCAGGUUAAAAAGCUACAGUUAGCAGUUACCAUGAAAGCAGAUCAAACUGCAAAUGUAACAGACUAGAAAAUAAAGUUGAUCUUAAAUCAAUAAAGUGAAUUUGAAGUCAAAACUUGGUAUAAAAUUAAAAAUGUAGAUUAUUAAAGUGUAAUUUUCAUGUAAAGAUACUGCCCAAAGUCCUGAACAAAACAAAACACACACCAAUGGUUUAAAACAAAUAAAGCUAUUAUAUAAGAAAUAUGAAACAGCCGGAUAAAACAUAGUAGUCUAUAAGUCAUAAAAAUAGUUUUGAUUUAUAACAAAAAUGAGGAUAAAACAGGUAUUGCUUUGAUUUUUCCUUAAAAAAUCAGGGAAGUCUGCUUUUCUUAGAUCCAGACCAACUUAAAAUGCCUCAAACCAAUUCUUGUGCAGUACUCUGGGAACAUCUAAAAGACAAUGGAAUAAGAUAUAUUUAAGAAAUUGUUGAUUUCUGAGGUAAGAAUGUAACAGGCAGGAUAGUGUAUAGUGAGCUGGUUGUUUACAUCAAGGUAAUGCUCAUAGAUUCUGGGUUUUACCAAACAUUGUCAAUUACUUAGUCUGAAUUUAUUCACACAUAAACAUGAGAGAUAAACAGGAACUAACUACACGUUUCUGCUCUAGGCACAAAGAAAUAAGACCAUUAAACAGCGCCACUGGUUUAGGGUUUUUAAUCAGACUAUAUGAGUUUUUCGACUGCUCACAGAGACGUAAUCAUAAUUUUAACUGCAGACUGAUCAUAAAAAGAAACAGACAUAAUUCCUCUUUCCUCAGCGUGGGUGUCAGAGCCAUUUUUCAAAUACGUACACCUGGUGUGUGCUGUGUCUUUUAAAUCAACCCCCUACCUGUUUGCACCUCUUCUCCCACUUGCUCUCUGCGCCGGCCACCAAACUACCUCACAGAUGGGCAAAGAGGAUGUCAAGGUCAGGAAGACUGUCUGAGUGCUACUUGAGAUGGCUGUUGAUUCGCUACAGAAAAAGGCCUGAAGACAGAUAUACAAAGAGCGUUUUAUAAGAACUGAAAGUUUCUUCUUCCUUUCACCUUCCUCUCCUCCUCUAUCAACUUUUCCUCUGAGAGCAUAAGGCUACAGAAGCUGUCUGUGAUUUUGGCAGGUCUAACAAGUUAUGUAGCCAAUGUGGAGAUUUCUGCCUGGUACUGUAAUAUAAUAUGUAAGGAUUUUAAAAUCAGAAUAACAGAAAGUAUUGAAGCACUGAAAAUAUGAACAAAUUAGAAGUGAAUUCAUAUCGCACUUUGAGUAAGGAGGAGGCAUUGUUUUUUUUAACAUUAAAGGAUAAGACCGUGAAUUUUGGAUGAACUUCAUAUUUUAAAAACAUGAAGAGGACAAGUGUUCUGUGAAAGGGGUUUGAUAGUUUAGGAUUAUGAGAAUGAUGGAUUAGAUCUGUGUGUGUGUGUGUGUGUGUGUGUGUGUGUGUGUGUGUGUGUGUGUGUGUGUGUGUGUGUGUGUGUGUGUGUGUGUGUGUGUGUGUGUGUGUGUGUGUGUGUGUGUGUCUGUAUAUGUCAGAACAGCAGAUCCUGGCUCAGUCAGUUUCCUCCUCCUGGCCAAGGGCAACAGCAGGCUGCAACCCUGUUGGCUGCCACCGACCUAACCUUGACCCCUGAGGUCAAUACUGUGUGUGUGUGUGUGUGUGUGUGUGUGUGUGUGUGUGUGUGUGUGUGUGUGUGUGUGUGUGUGUGUGUGUGUGUGUGUGUGUUCUCAGGCUUCAUCCCAGCAUAUGUGACUGACUGCUGGUCGUGCUGACAUAUGUGAUGGACCCCUUUGCCGAGUCACCCCGCGUGGCGCUGCGUGUGUGCUUGUGUGUGUUUGUGUGUCUACACACGUGCUUGGGUUGAAGCGGAUAUUGUGUUUUCAGUGGUGUUGAGAUGAGUCUUCUCCCCUAAAUUUGUGUAUAUCUGGGCUUGUGUGUUUGUGUGUCUUGUCAGCAGGGAUGUGAGGAACCCGUCGUUCCUCACUGGGGAAUUUUAACACUUUCAAUGCUGGAUUCCCUCUGUCUGACUGCCCAUAUGUCACUCCUCUACUCCAGUUUUGCUUCUUUUCUUUUUUUUUUCCUCUCUGUACAAAAAAAAGAAAAGUUCAAACCUUCUAUUUUUUUUGUUUUACUUUUAUUCAGUUCCAUCCAUUUUAACUUUCUUUGUUGACUUUAAUUAUUCAUAGAUUCUACACAAAUUUGAAGAGUCUUUCAACAGGGGCUAGGUUUUUGAAAAUGUUACAGUUCAUCAUUUUCUAAACCAUGUGAUCAUUUUGUGAGUGUCAAUAUUGUGGAGUGCUUGAAGCUCACUGUAAACUGUCUGCUGGUCAGAUAUCAGUUUACAUUAUUGGUUAAACGAUAUUGGUUUUCAGUGGCUAAUAAUGUAAGAGCAGGUUGGUCGAUAUGUACUGCCAAUAUCACAUCGUUGUUUUUCUUGUUGUUGUUGUAGUUGGCCCUUGACAAAAUACAACAAUUUAUCAAACUGACAUAAGAAACAAAUGGCUGGACUUGAGUAAAUUCUCUGAUUUAACAAACACAGACAGAAGAUUUUUGCUUAGUUGUGUAUCGCCACAUUGAACUCGGGUUGUAAAAGAAAAAAAUCAAAGUGCAUAUUUGGAUUAAGAUUGGAAAAGAGAGACAUGUUGAGAUUUGAUGUGUGGGGACAAAUGUGUUUUCAUUUUGAAAAAAAUAUAGUGAGUGCCAAUACUAAUAUGAUGUCAAUCACGUCACAAUAUUGUGUCAUUUCAGUAUUAAACAUGUUACUAAAAAUGUUGACAACCUUACAAUUCUUUUCAUACAUGUCAAUUAUGAUCAUCUACAGUGGCACAUAUUAUCAUUGUACUGGGUUUCCAGGUUUUAAUAUGCUGUUUGUGAUGCAUUCAGGUCAGUAUAGAAAAGCCCUCCUUUAUUUUUUUUCUUAUGUAUAGUUUUAUUAUUGAUUUUUUAUAACAUAGAAAUGCAUCUGGAGGUUGCUGUUAGCCUCUCUGUCUUGAUUGGUGGCUUUUGUUUUCAAAGCACUCACUCCUCCACAAGUGAGAGCAGAAGCAGACUCUUACACAGGCACACAGAUAUAGUUCAGAAGACUUUUUCUUGACUGUUCAGAACAGUCAGAGCUAUUCCAAACAUCAGAUCAGCAGGACACAUUACCCUUAGUGUAUACACAGAAAAUACACACACUAAAUGGAUGUCGGUGAAAGGCGCCACAGGAAGGCAGCAGGUUUGAAAUAAACUUAGUGUGUGCGUGAGUGAGUGCAUUUGUGUGUUUUUUGUGUGUAUCCACCCAUUAAAGCGAGUGUAAUAAUAAAAUAAUUGCAUGUCUUCCCACUAUAAGCGUGUGUGUUUAAUCAGAAGACAAAGUUUCCACUUCCUCCUGGGAGCCAAUUAAAGCUCAAUAAAGAACCUGGCAGAAAGAGAGAGAGAGAGCGACUGAGAGAGAAAACGAGUCAGAAGAACAGAGAGAAAAGCAGAAGAUGAAGAAGGAGUGGUAGCAGGGCAGAGAGCAGCGCAGAGGAAGGAGACGAGAAGGAUGGAUGGAGUCUGUGAUACAGAGAGGAAACCAAACAGGGAGGUAGUGUUAGAACAAUGGAGGGAGAGAUGAAUAGAAGGUGUCAGAAAUAGGAGAUGAUUGGAAGGUAGGAGGAGGCAAAUGGAUGGUACAGCAGUGCAGGUUCAGUGUGUGCGUGUGUGUGUGUUUAUGUGUGUGUUUAUAAUAGUUUUAAGAUUGUGCUGCAACUCCUAUAUAGGUCAGUGGAGGUAGAGCAGGGAGCUAAAGCAGCCACGUUGAGUUGUCAAACACCAAAUUGGUAUUUGCUCUAAGUUUAGCAAAAUCUCAAGCUGGGAUUCUCCUUGAUGCUUCACUUUGAGUACCUCCUGCCACAGGUUAUAAAAUAGACUAUGAAAUGAAAUUUCCCUUAUGCAAUUUAAAAUUUUUAACUAAAAGCAACAUCUGACUCUUUUUUUUUUAUAACUGCACUGUACUUUUUUUUCUCUGGGGGCAAAAUAACUUAGACAUGAGUGGAGGGCAUAGUGUGACUGAAAGGCAGUCUCUGGGGUUGACUAUUGUAGUUCCUUAAAGGGAUAUUCCGGUGUAAAAUUAAUUUAGGGUCAAACACACUGUAACACCAAGUUAGACACCCCCUCGAGAGAUGAAUGUUGCAGACUGCUUGCUUCUCUAUUUAUACCAACUUCAGUAACGACCACACGAUAACACAACAGUGGUCUACGUCUCCUUGUGCAAACCUAAAAAAAAAGCCACUCUAGAGCCACAAAUAAUGCUCAGAAUGACACCUAACUUCAUUAACAGCUCAUAUGGAGUCCCGGCCAUAGUAUUAGCCAUCAAACAUCUUUUUAACUUUGCCUAAUUUCUUUAGCAAAGAGACUAACGAUAACUCACCCACUCUCUUCCAGCAGCCGCUUGUUUGUGGGGGAGCCCUGGCGAGUUGAUCACCGAGUGCAGUGGAGUUUCGCAGCUCAGGGAAGAACAUUUAUGAUCAUUACUUAGUGAAAAUGCAAUCAGAAUUCGUAUGUAUCUUGUAUAUGCACUACAGACGCGGUAGUUCUUCUGCCUUAGUGUCUCGGUCUGAUUGCAUUUCCAUGAAGUAAUAAUCAUAAAUUUUCCGCUGCACUCAGUGAUCGACUUGUCAGGGCUCCCCCACAAACAAGCCACUAACUUGGUGUUACGGUGUGUUUGACCAUGACUUAAAUUCACUCCGGAAUAUCCCUUGAAUUGUCAACUUGGCUGCAAAAACAGAACAAUUCCGCAUUAGGUGUUAGCAACAUUCUACAUGUUAACAGUAAGCAUGUAGCUCACUCUUUUGCUUGUUAUAUCAUCUGUUUUGAUUUUAUGAAGACUAAAUCUUUGCUCUGGGGUCAGUGCGAAAACGUGAUUGAGACAACAUGAGAUUAUAUGUCUUUAAAAGUGCGCAGCAAUUUUGGACCAAAAAAAUACUGAGUGUGCAGAGGCUUUGAGAGUCAUAUGUAAAUUUGUGUAAUUUGGGGCACAGCUGAGCUCACAGCCCUGUGGAAGCUGUUUCCAAGGAUGUAAAAGCCCACUCCAGCUUCACCUCUCUGCCUCUGUUUUAGUUUAUGGUUAAGUUGAGACAGCUUUUCCAAUAAGGUGACUACCAAGAAGAAACUGCAGGUGAAGUUACAGAGGCUACAUUCAUGCUUUAGACAGACUGAGGGAACCCACAAUGAAACAUUCCUGUUUACAGCAGAACCUGAUACAAAAACACUUUUGGUGAGCCCAGUUACAUCCAACCAUCCCAGAGGACAAAUGUAAACAUGUGCCAAGAUGACGUGAUAAAAGCAGCUACAACAAACGUCCCAGAAAGAAACUUUAAUCGAGAUGUUCUCCAUCAGACAACCAACUAACUCGGCUCUCCCUCUGUGCCUGUUUUUCCCAUGUUCUCUCUCCACAGGUGGUACUGACAUAGUGUCGUGUUUCAUGGGUCAGAACCUGACAGUGCCAGUUUAUCGGGGAGAGAUCCAAGCAAGAAACCUCGGCAUGGCUGUGGAGGCCUGGAGCUUUGAAGGUAAGAGUUUGUGUGAAUGUUCAGAGAGAUUGUUUUGCUUUUCCCUCCCCGUUUAGCCCAAACUUUUUUAUUCGUCUCGACAACAGGGACUGAGAAUACAAAGAGGCUUUGGGGACGUUGUUUGUUUGAAUCCUGGAUGAGUCUGGAAAUAAAUUAAAGAGGAAAAUGAAUCACAAGCCGCUUUAAAAACUGCUGAUACGCCCCAUGUGCUUCAGUAACUGCUUGCUAGUUCACAAAACUUCUGCUUAUGGAUCUUGGUGCAAAUGUUGGCCGAAUUUGAGGCUAGUCAUCGGUAAAAAGCCAUGCGAGUAAUUAGUGGACUUUCCCUGGCUGAAUGCAGGUCAGAAAUGAAUGGAAAACACAAUCUUUUCAUUUACAAUCCAAACAAAAAAGAGUGGCUGUUAUCUUGCAGGGGAGUCUUCAAAGCCCUCUUUGUCUUGCUCAUUGAUUUUAGUCCCUUAGUCCCAGUGCCCGAUCUCCACUGCAGGCUGCUCUGGCAUGUCUCCACCACCUCAAAGGAGAGUGGAUUGAAGAAUAAUUUAAAGGCAGUUUUGUAGGAAGAGCUCGGGAUUAUUUUACUUGGUCUGUAAGCCAAUAACACCGUCCUGAGGGAGGAGGUGAAGUCUGUGUGAAACCACACACUGAAGCGUAUCAGGGUACAUAACCAGGUGAUUUACUUUAAAUCUGUGACUCUGUGUUUGUCUCCAAGGGUGGGUUUAUGUUUAAGGGUGUGUGCCAAAGUAAAGGUUUAUGCUGAUGUACAUCCGUGCUGUGCCUUCUAACUAUUUUUCUUUCUUUGAAUUCUGCAUUCGUGUGUGUGUGUGUGUGUGUGUGUGUGUGUGUGUGUGUGUGUGUGUGUGUGUGUGUGUGUGUGUGUGUGUGUGGCGCGCACGCAGGUAAGCCUGUAUGGGGAGAAAGUGGGGAACUUGUGUGUUUGAAGCCAAUCCCCUGCGCACCAACGCACUUCUGGAAUGACGAGAACGGGAGCAAGUACCACAAAGCGUACUUUUCAACAUACCCUGGUAAGAGCAAAAACAUUGAACAUAAAAACAAGCUUGGAUAUAGAAAUAUGUACAUGAAGAAACCAGGAUAGAAAGAAGCAUUUUAGACACAGUGCAGCAUCAAUGUGCAACACAAUAUCUUUGAUUAUAUUGCCCCUUUUUAAAACUGCUGCAUUGAACAUUAUAGCACCUAACAUCAAACAUUAAACCCCAAUUUAAAAAAUAUACCUGGAUGCUAUGUAUAAUGUUGACACAAACAGGUUUUAAUCUAUUGCAGCAAGACAACAUAUUAAAUGUUGAAUCCCUAAAGUUUUAUCGUUUCAUGAAAAAUGCUGUUUUUAAAGUUGAUGCCAGUUGAGAACAAAAAAGAGAAAUGCUCGACUAAAAACAUGAGAACAUUUCCAAUCUGAUUAGGUCAGCAGGUUACAUGACUGGGUAUAAAAAGGGCAAUCUAUAGUGUCUGAGUCUAGCGGUAGUAAAGAUGGGUGGACGUCCACCACUUUGACAUGAAUAGAUAGUUCAAUAACUUCAUAAUAUUUCUCCUUAGCGUUGGAUAGUAAAUAAUUUGGGGGUCUCAUUAUUUGGGGUGUACAAUAAAUGACAAGGUUAAGAGAAUCUGGAGAAAUCACUGUAUAAAAGGGCCAAUAACCAAUACUGGAUGUCUGUCACCUUUCAGCCUGCAAGUAGACUCUGACUUUAGAUUGGAAAUUAGGGGUGUCCCGAUACAACUUUUUUACUUCUGAUACGAUACUGAUAUUGUAGCCUUCAGUAUUGGUCGAUCCCGAUGUUAGCACAAACUUGUGCAUGUCAAGUUUUGCACUCAGCUGCAACGGCUUUUUCGGAUUUAAAUGAAACCUACUCCUUGCUACUUUGUCAGUACCUUUGCACACACUGUUGUUGUGAUUACGUGGGCUCUGCAUGCUAGAUCCAGGUCCUGCUAGAUAGAGAGUGCUGGAGCGGAGUCUGGAAUGGACUGUUUGUAUCGGAGUGCUGAUAUCUGAGAUUUUAGAUGCAGACUGAUAUAAUCUGGUAUUUGUUUUUUUGCUGAUAUUGGACCGAUAUCUGAUAUCAAUAUCAGAUUGGGACAUCCAUAGUGGAAAUCACCACAUAGGUGCGAAAUCCUCCCCCAAAUCAUUGUUAGUUGCUGCAUCCACAUAUGCUGAAACUAUACUUUGAAUAGAUGUAAACUAAAUAGAGAGAGAGAGACACUCUGUCAUGUAUCUGCUUUCUAUUUCCAACAUUUCAUAACACUUCUAAUUAGCCAAUGUGUGUAUGCUGUCAUUGCGUGCACAUAAUUACUUCAUCACCUUUUUGGACAAUAAUUAUAUGUGCGGAAGUUCUUAUAUCUGAUGAUUCAGAUAAUUAUCUUUUUAAGCCAUUUAGCCAUUAUUAAGUCCAUUAUCUGCCCAUAAUGAUUGCAUACCAGUAAUAUUAUGCAUCCCUACUUAGCAUGGUGAAUUUACACAUCUGCAGAGGCUUCAUUCAUUCUGACAGACAGUUCCUUUCACAGGGAAAAGACCAUUUCAAACUACAUUCUGCACGUAUUACAACAGCAUGGCUAGCAUAGAGUUUGUGGUAGAAGAGGCCACAUUCUGCAUUGUGUUGCUGGCAUUAAGUUUGAAAUAAGCAUGUAUUUUGGUGUAACAUUUGGCGUGUGUCCUCCCACUAUUUUCAGUCAAAUAAAAGGUUUUAAAACAGUCAAAUUCAGUCUUUUUCAUAUUUUACACAGCGCUCCAACUCUUUUAGAAUUGGGGUUGUAUUAUUAUAAGUGUUCCAUGUCUUGGGUUUUAAGUUCCACUAUUUUCAGUCAUUUCUAACUGUGCAAAUAUGUACUCAACUCUAUUGUGUUCUUCUGCCUAGGUGUUUGGGCCCACGGAGACUACUGUAAAAUCAACCCAAAGACAGGAGGCAUUGUUAUGCUGGGCAGGAGGUCAGCUAUUAAACUUUAACUCUUGGGAGGGCUACUAAAUGUUGAUAACACGAUUGUUUUCAUGAAUGUCGUGUUAAUUAAUUCAUCUAUUUUGAGUGCUUUGUAAGUGGACAGGUUUAAAAAUAAUUUAUGCAAAUUACAGUUAUUAAAUUUAAGAUGCAAAGCCUUUGAAUUUGUCCUGUUGGGAGAGAAUAAAAGUAAUUAAAAAUGGCUUCUUUUGUUGGAAAUUUGGCACAGCUCGGUGGCCUCCAAAGGCUUUUAAUUUGCUUAAUGGCACAGUGCAAGAUUUCAUUAAAACAACCCGAAAAUGGAAACCGUUUCCAUUCUCAAUUCAGAUAAGCUGACUGUAAAUGAAUGGUUGAGUUAUGCAAACAGAUAUAUAGACACUGAUACAGUCUCUUUACAUGCAUUAAAAACAAAUCACCAGCUUGUUUCUGUAUAAAGGAACAAGUUUUUUUCCCCUCUUUUUUUCGCAGUGUAUUCAGUGAUGUGUGGCAGUACAGCCUCUAAAUAAUGCACAUGAGGUAUAAAUAUCAAGCUUGUGUUUGUUUUACAGUGACGGUACAUUGAACCCCAAUGGAGUCCGAUUCGGCAGCUCAGAGAUCUACAAUAUUGGUGAGAGAAAUCACAUCUUCCUCUCACUAUAGACAAGAGAAAGUCAUGUGUCAUGUAUCUGUAUUGUGUUUUAAUGUGGUGGUGAGACACUUACCUCUGCUGUCCCCCCCUCUCCUCAAACUCCUCCAACACCCAAACUUCAUCAUCGCUGCUCUUUUAUUCCCUCAACUUUUUCUCCUCUGCUCCGCCCUUGUAUGAUCUGCUCUCCAUGAUUUUGUUUUGUCUCCUUGUCCAUGACUCUGCCCUCUCAUCUCCUUUCCUCUCCUCUCUGCAGUGGAGGCGUUUGAAGAAGUGUCAGACAGCCUUUGCGUACCUCAGUACAACUCAGACGGGGAAGAGCGAGUCAUUUUGUUCUUAAAGAUGGCACCCGGGAAGCCCUUCAGUCCAGAGCUGGUCGCCAAGAUUAGAGGAGCCAUUAGAAAAGCGCUGUCCGCCCGACACGUCCCUGCACUGCUGCUGGAGACCAGAGACAUUCCUGUAAGAGAAAUCUGACUCAGAUAUGACUAAAACUGUCAGAUUAUCCUGUCAGGAUGGAAGCAGAUGUAAAAGUCAGUUCUGGCUUGAGUGACAGCCUUUUUCUUCUCCCCUUUGCAGUACACCAUCAGUGGGAAGAAGGUGGAGGUGGCUGUGAAACAAGUCAUCGCCGGCAAGGAGGUGGCGCAGAGAGGAGCAUUCUCCAACCCCGAUUCACUGGACCUCUACAAGAACAUUCCUGAACUGCAAAAUUAUUAGAUACAGUGGUUCAGAGAGAGGGACCUGACAGGAAUUCAGCUUAGUUUUUAAAUGAACUUUAUUUAAAUUAACAGGUACAGGGAGAUGUGGGAGUGCUUUGCAGGGCGAGUUUACAGUACGAAGCCACCCAAAGCUGUGUACGAGGCAUAGGAACUGAAAAAAAAACAUGUAUGUUACAAACAAAAAAUGUCACAAGAUGUCAAACAGAGACUUGUCUUCUGUUUGCCAGCUUUCAAUUAAGUCAUCAAGAGGCUGCUUUUACUCCAUCAUGUGGUGCAAGUAAAUGUUGAACUGGAUUCAUCUUUGUGAAUGAACUCUGUGAGUGUGCACAGCUCAUGCUCUAUAGCCAGCAUAUCUCUCUGUGUCCCCUGCCUGAACCUCUGCACUGGCUCUGACUCAGUCAUACACUAAAAAUCAAUGAAAGUGUUUACACCCUCCACUCUGAUCAUAACACUAUAUAAUAUAACUACGUGAGGUGUAUUUCUUUGUUAAAUGUAUAUAUUUAAAUAUAUAUUUUUUGACUGUGCAGUAAGGUUAACAUUAGAAUUAUGCAUUUUUAGUGAUGACCCAAAACCGAAAUGAGUCAGAUUUUUUCAGGAGGUCAUAACCACUGACUGCAUAUAUAGAUGGACAUGGCGUCUCCACAGCCUCCAGUAGAACAAAAGUGAAACCAAAACGAGACAAUGACAACAAGCGCUUGCAGAUUUGCCAUUGUAGCCAGAGUUUGCACAGUAACAAUCGAGAGAUGUUUACUGACCUGUGUGUCAGUAAUCAUGAUACCUUUUUCUGCUGUUCCUUCUCUAUACUGCUAAUCCACAGUGCUGCAGGCGGUGCAUCUGUCAACAGAGCUGUCAAUCAUGGUGUUAUACCUAUUUAUGGAGAGUUGUUAUUCAGAAUAAUAACUGAAAAUACUUGACAGUCAAUACUUGAUGAUAAGAACAAGCUAUGAUGACAAAAUACAACCUUAUAAAAAAGAUGUGUAUUUUGAUUUUUAAAGCUCCUGUGAGGAACUUUUGGCAUAUGUCUAACUUGGCGCCCCCUGUGGCUAAAGCUGUGUACUCUUUGCUGGUUUUUUAUGGUACCUGUGAAAACCGUGUUCUCCAACAGAAAAAUCUCACCCCUCAUGUCUCUGCCUGUCAAAUUAACCUUUUCAUGCAAAUGUGAGCUCUACAGAUAGCUUGUUGUUUAUCUCCUUGUCUGACACCUACCCCCUCCAGCAGCAAUUUUAGGUGUUAAAAUAGCAAAACUAUAAUAAUCAACUGUCUUACCUGCAGUCUUGUUUGCUUUUGCUGUUCUUAAAGGGGCGUCAGAGUUAAUUUCAGGCAGUUUUACUGCCAGCUUAAAACUCUGCACAGGAGCUUUAAUUUUGAUCCCAUUUUCCCAAGUAUAAGAAGCAGACAUUGUAACCAAUACUGCACUCUAUAAGCAGAGAGAACGCUGAAUGCUUUGGCUUCACUUUUCGGAGCUGUCAUGUUGCCCAUCUUUUUAUACAGUCUUUGGUUUUAAAAUGUUUGGUUGUGAUCAAAGUAAAUAACCAGGGAUUUCACAUAAAAGACCUAAAAAUACGCCAUUACCUUAAAUUCAAUUCUUUCUUUGUCUUGUAUGUUACAUGUUCCACUUCUAUCAUUUGAAUUUGUUACUCUUGAAUCUGUUUUAUUUCAUUCCCAGCUCAUGAAGGCACAAAUGAGCCCCAUCUUCAAGAUCUUUCAGUCACAAUGGCCCUGAUUUAUCAAGUUAAUGCACAUCCAUGUCAGUCAAAAUCAAAGGGAGCAAAUGCUUAUUGUAUGACAGAAACCUGUAUUUAAUUGUUCCGUAUCUGUUAAUUGUGUUUGUCAUAACUCUAAGAAAAAUGUGUUUCCGCCUCUUUUUGCUUUGUACAUAAGAAAGCAGAAUUAUUUAUUCAACAUGUCCUCUCGCUGUGUGGCAAAGCCUAAAGGCUAAUUAAUGCUAUUAAAGAGUUAAUGGAGUGGUUUUGCUCACUGCUGUAGCACUACUGAAGAACACGGGUGAAAAUAACCAAAACUGCUGGGUUUUAGGUCAUGUUGGGAGAAGCUGACCAGAAUGUGAAUUUUCCAGAAAUCACAAAUAGAGUUGUUGGGGAGGCAUUUCAAACUAAUACGUAGCACUUUUCCUACUGUACUUUUUGUUGUUUUUAAGGAUUUUGCUUGUUUGCCUUUUCAUUCAGUCUUCCUAAUUUGGUUAUGUUUGGUUUUUAUUUCUAACUUGUUUAAUGGUAAAGAAAUUAAUAAAUCUUCUGGAAAAACUCCCCAAUACAUCUUUGAUGUAAUAUUUCCUAUUUAGAUUGAGGGAUUUUCCGCUUGAGAGGUACCCUGCAGAGUUUUUGACCUCUGUAAGAGUUAUGACAUUUAUAUUGUAUGGGUCCAUAUUCUGUUUGUGUGUUCUGUAUGCACACAUUAAGUGGUAAAUUAUUCUACUGGGAAAAAAAACAAACAAAAUUUGGAUGGAAGUUUUAUGUUAAAUAAUAAAUAAUUAUAACUCUUA